AUGGCCAACCAUAGCACGCGUCAAAAUGUUGGGAUGCUCGGGUAUGACCCUUUUGAGUGUGGUGACCUCGACGGCUUCCGGGAAUCGGGCCUAUCAUCCUUCCGUCCACACCACGCAUUAAAACUGAGGAUGAAGCCCAUCAUCGAUGCCAUCCCCGAGACUUUCGACAGCUUGGGAAUACUAGCUGGCUGCCCAUGUGGGGUCCAGAGGGCGACCAUUGCCCAACGCACGCCUCUACAUGUCCUGAUGCAAAUCGCUCAAUGCUUAGCACACAUUGCAGCCGCAUCCAAUUGUCCCGCUUGUAUGUGUGCGGGGAUUUCAAUGAUGUACCUUGCGUGGCUGAGGGCUUCGGAGUGUGAGGAGAGGAGAGGUUGGUCAGACUCCAUUAUCGGAUGUUGCGAAUGUGUUGGUCUGUCACAGUUCAAGCUACACGACAUUAGCGAGGUAAUACAACAGGAACCAGCAUCUGUUUGUCAGGCCGACUGCUGGGCCAAGGCAUUGUCGGAUGCUGGUGAAUUGUCCGUUGGUGAAGCUCUCUAUGUCAACCGAGCCCGGGUUUUUACACACCCGUCUGGCACGACAAGUUUUCGCAAUUGGCUCACAAAAAUCACCGAACCGUAUGCCGACCAGCUGUUUGGUAGCUGUGACCAGAUGCCGUUCCGUGAAGCCCUAGGUCUGACGGGAUGGUACACUGUCUGUUGCUCACACCCUUUGGCUCAGGGCGCGGAGGAGACUCUACGGGAAAUUAUUCGCUAUACAAUGGAUGCUGAGAUGUUCAGUCAAUAUGAUUUCAAAUCGCAGCGCCAAAUACACUCAAGAUCCGCAUCUCUACCGGACGUGGAUUCGUCAUCCAGUGAUCGGGCUGACAAGGCAAGACCUAUCCUGCGAGAAAAGAGUGCAGUGCACGCUACAUAUGUUACUAGGCGUCUCGUGGACGGCAUUUGGACCCCUUUCUUCUAUCAGCGCAUGUCUAAACCGAUGAUCUCUUACCAUCGCUCGCAAAUUCAGCAGCCAACACCCAUCGAAUGUCUUAGUGUGCUGGUAUUUGACACGUUCACCCACCGAAGGCGGCUACAGGAGGACGGGAAUAUCGACUCCACUUCUUACGUGAACUCUCUCAAUGGGCAGUCUGCCUCAGGCGCAUACUCGAAGUGGCACGCUUAUAUAUGUUCGCUCGCUCACCAGGCUGCCUUAUCUUCUCUAUGGGAUAUAACACACCACCUGCCACCGCUUAAUAUAGACGGGGACAUACCCAGCUCUGAUAGUGGUAGGGAACUGCCCGGAAAGCAGGAAUAA